AUGGUCCUCCUCACCUCAUCCACGGUCUCGGCGGUCCUCUCCGUGGCCAUCAUCUCUCUUUUCACAUUCCUCCUAUUCCUUGUCGGAUACGUGCUACAGCAACAAUCGGUGAAUUCCUUAAGGGAAGCUAUUCGAGCUCCUCCGCCAGCAAAACACACACCCACACUCCCGGCUCGCUUUCGCGAGCCAGACAACGAGACAGAUACUUUGUUCCUCGCCGGCGAAGAUGACGAGGAGGCGGAGGAUCAAAUAGUGCAAUUCAUGGAUGGGGCUCCCACGGAUCCUUCCAAUAUCAUCGAAAUCGACGAGACUGGGCGGUCCCAGUUACCGUCCCCCAGCACAGAGUCCCUCGCCUACAUCCUCGCCCUCUCCCAGCCAGCCACCCUCUGUUCUGCGGCCCUUUUCGCGCAAUCUCUGUCUCUUGCACCUUUAGAAGCCCGCCCCGAUCAACCGAGGCUAGUCCUCCUAUAUCCAUCCACAUGGGAGACGGUUACUUCAGCCCUCCACAUGGCUGCCCUCUCGUUCAUGCGCGAUCUGCAUGACACUUACUCUGUGAUCUUCCAUCCAGUUGAGUUUGUGAAAGGGUGGGAAGACGCCUCUACGAACUCGCACCUACUCGGUGAGCUGCAGCGGACCAUGUGGGAAUUUGAUCGAAUGCUAUAUCUGCGGACGCCAGGAAUGGUACUGGACCAAGAGCGUGUACGGGAGGCGCUGAGGUCGAGUAGCCUGCGCAAAGCGUGGACGCCUUUGACGAAUGCUGUUGGUGCGGAACCAGAAAUGCUGUUGUGGGAACGAAAGAGAGGAUUACUGAUGCCCAGAGGGGAGAUGAGGCGUAUGGUAGGGUCGGACAAGAGCAAUGGGCUGUCGAUUCAGGAAGGUGAGUCAGAACCAGCGCUUGAAGAGGUUGACACGGCAUAUGUGCUCUUUGACCGAGCGGUGCAGUCGACGGAAGCGGAAAAGAGUGAGGUCCUUCAGCGGUACGAGUCGGGCCUGGCUCAGGCUUGCAAGGGCAAGGGCUUGUUGCCGGGAGAGGAGGAUCGGGUGGAUCUUAAGCGGGUAUAA